AUGGUUGGGCCACUUUCAGCUGUGAUCUCCUCAGGGGACUGCCAGAAGCUGAACCUCGAAGCUGUUCUGUUUGAGGCUGGGACCGCAGUGUCCUGGGCAAUGCUCGCAUACGGGCCCCAGAUCAUCUGUGACUCGAUCCCUCCAAAUUCCGGUGAUCUGCCCCGGUUCCAAAUUGCCGAACGAUCCCAGGACCAGUGGCAGACCGAGCCAAGCUUCUACCAGGAAGGGUCUGUGAGACAGGAACGCCAUCACCACCAACCAUCUCGGACAUCCACCUGGGGUGAAGGAUGGCAUUGGCCUGGUGCAGCUGGCUCUUCCUCAGUGGUGAGCAAGAAGGGUCCCCCUCAGCCCACUCCCUGCACCUCCAAGGGCCUAAAGACAGACAGAGGAACUCCUGCCCAGGGGAGGGAAGCCUCCUGCAUCCCUUUUCGCUCUGCAGAGCCACUGGUGCAGGCAGACUCCAUGAAUGCUCAGGUGUUAGAGCCUGUCUGGAUGCUGGGCACUGCAGCUGAGAUCUCCAUCACCCCUGAGCCUGCCCAACCUGCAGAGGGGGACAAUAUCACACUGGUGGUCCAUGGGCUUUCCGGGGAACUGCUUGCCUACAAUUGGUAUGCAGGGCCUACGCUCAGCCUGACCUUCCUGGUGGCCAGUUACAUUGUCAGCACUGGUGAUGAGACCCCCGGACCGGCUCACACAGGGCGGGAAGCUGUGCGCCCCGAUGGCAGCCUUGCUAUCCAUGGUGCCCUGCCUGGGCACACAGGCACCUAUAUCAUCCAGACCCUUAACAGGCAGUUUCAGACCGAGGUGGGCUACGGACACAUGCAGGUCUAUGACGGCCCUGAACGUGUGGCUAUCCUUCAAGAUUCCACCACCCGAACGGGCUGCACCAUUAAAGUGGACUUCAACACAUCCCUCACCCUGUGGUGUGUGUCCCGGUCCUGCCCUGAGCCAGAGUACGUGUGGGCCUUCAACGGGAAGGCCUUGCCGAACGGCCAGGAUCACCUGAACAUCACCAGCAUGGCUGCGGCCCACGAGGGCACGUACACAUGUAUUGCUAAGAACUCCAAGACUCUGCUGUCUGGCUCUGCCUCCGUGGUGGUCAAGCUGUCCGCCGCAGCUGUGGCCAUGAUGAUUGUGCCUGUACCGACUAAACCAAUGGAGGGCCAGGACGUGACCCUGACCGUCCAGGGUUACCCCAAGGACCUGCUAGUCUACGCCUGGUACCGUGGACCCGCCUCAGAGCCCAACCGACUGCUCAGCCAGCUGCCGUCGGGGAACUGGAUCGCCGGCCCAGCACACACUGGCCGGGAGGUGGGCUUCGCCAAUUGCUCACUGAUGGUGCAAAAGCUGAAUCUCACAGACGCUGGACGCUACACACUCAAGACUGUCACACUCCAGGGCAAGACUGACACGCUGGAGGUGGAGCUACAGGUGGCCCUUGGGAGAGCUGCUUGGGGGGGGGGGGGGACACAGUCCCAAAGGUGGCCUUCUCCUGCCUCACAAGCCUGA